ACUACCUCCGGUGCCCAAUCCGCGGAAGGGGAUCGACCUCCAGGAUUCGCCUGCCGUUUUAAGGCCUGGCACGCCGCCCCUGCUCCUCCUGCCGUCCGUACCACCAUGAAACACCACGGCGCGAGGAAGGACGCGGGCGGCGCGUUCGCCGUCCCGUGCGUCGACAUCAAGCUCUUCGUCGCCUCGCUCGCCUUCCUCACGCUCUUCCUCGCAUUGUGGCAGCUGCACCCCUACGGCUCCCUCCUCGCCGCCGCCCGCCAAUCCGCCUCCGCGCCGCCUUGCUCCCUCCCGCUCGCCACCACCACCACAACCGCCGCCGCCACAUCCCACCUUCCGUCUUCUUCUAACCCGACACCCACCGGCACGACCGCCAAGAACGCAUCGGCGGCGCCGGCAAAUCCCGCCGCCGGCAACGUGACCUCCUCCGGCACGGCCACCAAGAAAACCACCCCUGCCGUCACCUCAACCACCGCCGCCGCCACUCUCCCCGUGCGGCUGGCGAGGGAGUCACGCCCGGCGGACCCGAACAAGCGGGUCCUCCGUCCGUACGGAACCGCGGCGGCGCUAUUCGUGCAGAUGGGAGCGUACCGAGGCGGGCCACGAACCUUCGCCAUCGUCGGGCUGGCCUCCAAGCCCACCCACGUCUUCGGAACCCCCUACUACAAGUGCGAGUGGCUGCCGAACCCAACCCCCAUCACCCCCGCCCCCGCCGCCAUCCGCACCAAGGCCUACAAGAUCCUCCCGGACUGGGGCUACGGCCGGGUCUACACCACCGUCGUCGUCAACUGCACCUUCCCCACCAACCCCAACCCCCACAACGCCGGCGGCAAGCUCCUGCUCCACGCCUACCACUCCACAACCUCCCGCCGCUACGAGCGCAUCCUGGCGCUCGAAGAAGCCCCCGGCGCCUACAACCAGUCCCUCUACACCGCACCCUACCAGUACGACUACCUCUACUGCGGCUCCUCGCUCUACGGCGACCUCAGCGCCGCGCGGAUGCGCGAGUGGGUGGCCUACCACGCGCGCUUCUUCGGGGCCAGGUCGCACUUCGUCUUCCACGACGCCGGCGGGGUCAGCGCCGAGGUCCGGGCCGUGCUCGAGCCCUGGGUGAAGGCCGGGCGCGUCACCGUGCAGGACAUCCGCGCGCAGGCGGAGUUCGACAGCUACUACUACAACCAGUUCUUGGUGGUCAACGACUGCCUGCACCGCUACCGCCAUGCUGCUGAUUGGACCUUCUUCUUCGACGUCGACGAGUACCUCUACCUGCCCGGUGGCCGGACGCUUGAGCAGGUGCUUGGUAGGCUCCAGGGGUUCACGCAGUUCACCAUCGACCAGAACCCCAUGUCCACCAAGCUCUGCGUCAAGGACCCCAAGAACAAUUACGCAAGGGAAUGGGGAUUCGAGAAGUUCGUCUUCCGCAACACGUUCACGGGAGUCCGUAGAGACCGCAAGUACGCGAUCCAGGCCCGGAACGCGUACGCCACGGGGGUGCACAUGUCGCAGAACGUCCACGGGAGGUCGACCCACAAGACGGAGACCCUGAUCAGAUACUACCACUACCACAACUCCAUCAACGUGUUGGGCGAGCCUUGCCAGCAUUUCGUGCGGAGGCCCGCCAACGGGAGCAGGAUCAAGUUCGACGGGGUGCCUUACGUGUACGAUGACAACAUGAGGCGCCUGGCGGGCAAGAUCAAGCUCUUCGAGAAGGAGACGAUUGGAUCGGUUCAUACGUGACGGCUGAAAGUGGAUGAUGGUGGUACAUAUACACUGAAUGGUAUUUAGAAUGCCUGGUUCAUGUCUGAAAUGCCAACACUCAUCAAGCCGAUGAGCACAGGACAGGAGAGGAGAGUCUGCUGGAGGUAGCAGCUCAGCUGGUGUAAAGUUUUGGUUUUUUCUUUGGCUAGGCCCUUCAUCACUAGUGGGGAUCUGCCUUUUCUUCUCUUGCCCGUUUUAUAGAUCUGUGUAGAAUGAUGAUGAUGCUGGCUUUUUACUACGGAAUACUAGAUUCUUUCAUCUCCUUCUGGGGUC